AUGGUGCGAUGGCUGUGCGGAGAGCUUCGCCAGAACCUGGAGAGGUGGCGUACGGGCACGCGAGCCGCCUUGACCGUUGAGCAGCAAGUACUUCGCGCCCUUCGCUUCUUCGCCACCGGCUGUUACCAGGGCGCGAUCGCAAGCGACGAGGACGUGGCGACGAGCCAGUUCAGUGUGAGUCGCACAAUUCACGCUGUCGUUGAAGCGAUCGCCUUCCCUGCCAGCGCACAGGAACUGGCCGCGGCGAAAGAAGGCUUCGUCCACAUGGACGGAAGAUUUGAAGGCUGCAUCAGGGCGCUCGACGGCACGUUCGUCUGCAUUCGGGCACCGUACGAAAGAGACGACGGCAACAAGGCUGCUUACUUUUGUCGCAAGGGCUUUUAUGCCCUGGACGUCAUGGUGGUGUGUGACGCAACCCUUCGCAUUACUGCCCUGGAGCCCAUAUACCCAGGCUCGGUGCACGACGCUUUUGUGCGGAGGGCAUCCACCUUCAGCCGGGAGUUCAGCGCUGGCAGCCGUGGCCAGGGUGGUCAAUUCCUGCUUGGUGACAGUGCAUACCCGCUGCAGCCUUGGCUGCUCACCCACAUCCCUGGAGCACAUGAAGCAGGAUCCCCUGCUGCCCGGUUCAAUCGCGCCCACUCCUCACUGCGGUGUGUCGUGGAACGGUGGAUUGGAGUCCUUAAAGCCCGCUUUCGGUGCCUGAAGAGGUGCAGAGCACUGUACUAUGGCCCCCUCUUCACGUCGAAGAUCAUCGCAAGUUGCGUGGUGCUUCACAACCUUUGUUUUCGGCAACAACUGCCCGAGCCGGAUGACAUCUCUGGCACUGAGGAACGGGAAGACCUAGUCGUUUACGGCGAUGAUGACGACGAUGUUGCAGCAGUUGGCAUGUACCAGGCGGGUACGCAAAGGCGGGAUCGCCUUCUACAGUGGUUCACAGCUGGCCGGGACAGCAUGUGA